AAUCACGUGGAGAUAAGUCAGUGUUGCAAUUAAUAUAGUUUUCUAGUCGUAUUACCUACAAUUUUGCCGAAAGUACAAAUUUAUAUUAAGUAAUAAUUAUUUUACAAAAAUGACAAGUAUUACAAUAUCGGCGAUUCGAACACGUACAAGUAUUCUUGAUAAAUCAUUAAGUAAAGGAAAAGGAGAGGUUAGCUUGAGUUGUUUUGCACUGUUAUUUUCAGAACUUGUUCAGUACUGUCAAAAUCGUGUUUACACCGUACCCGAAUUACAAAAUAAAUUAGCAGAAAUAGGUGCAGAAGUUGGUCACAGGAUAACGGAUCUUCUUGUUGUCCGAGAAAAAAGUGGGAAACGUGAAAUAAAAUUAUUGAAUAUUCUGUUAUUUAUUAAAAGCACUGUAUGGAAAUCAUUGUUUGGCCGUGAAGCUGACAAGUUAGAACAUGCAAACGACGAUGAACGUACAUAUUAUAUCAUAGAAAAGGAGGCAUUAGUAAAUAAAUUUAUAUCAGUUCCAAAAGAUAAAGGAAGUUUAAAUUGUGCUUCUUUUAUUGCUGGAAUAGUUGAAGCUAUUCUUUGUGAUUGUGGUUUUGAUCCAGCAAAAGUGACUGCACACUGGCAUAAAGGAACAACAUAUAUGGUCAAGUUUGAUGAUGCAGUUGUUACUCGUGACAAACAACUUGAAGAUCGAUAAUGAAACACAAAGAAAAGAAUUAAAAAAUUUUAAAA